UCCACUUUAAACCUCAUUUUCCCACAUAAGUAAAUCACAAAAACCCUAAAUUCAAUUUUUUAAAAAAAAUUAAUCAAACUUUUUCACUUCUAUCUAUUGCUAGAAAAAAAUGGAAUUUUCCCAUUAUGAGUUACCAAAAGUGUUGUUUAUUUUUUUAGUCUUUAUGAAUUCUUGCAUGUUUUCUUAUGGUGGAAAUUUCAUCCAAGAAUUUGACUUUAAUUGGGGUGGCAAUAGAGUCAAGAUUUUCAAUGGAGGCCAAAUUCUUUCUUUAUCUAUGGACAAAUUCUCUGGCUCUGGUUUUCAAUCCAAAAAAGAUUAUCUUUUUGGGAGAAUCGACAUGCAACUCAAACUUGUUACUGGGAAUUCUGCUGGCACUGUCACAUCAUACUAUCUAUCUUCUAAAGGACCAACUCAUGAUGAAAUUGAUUUUGAGUUCUUAGGAAAUGUUAGUGGUGAACCAUAUAUUCUUCAUACAAAUGUGUUUAGCCAAGGCAAAGGAGACAAAGAGCAACAAUUUUACCUAUGGUUUGAUCCUACCAAGAACUUCCACACCUACUCAAUCAUAUGGAAACCACAACACAUCAUUUUCUUGGUGGACAACACUCCAAAAGCACCAUUCACAGCUUAUUACAGAAAUUUCUAUGCACAAAAAUUUAACAAGUCUCAAUUUUUAGAUGCAAAAUGGCAAAAUCAAGAACUUGAUGCUAAUGGAAGAAGAAGACUUAGAUGGGUUCAAAGGAAUUAUAUGAUUUAUAAUUAUUGCACUGAUUAUAAAAGAUUUCCUCAAGGGUUUCCUCUAGAAUGUAGAAAAUUUUGAGUUUAUAUGGUUACAUUGCGCGGUCUCUCCAAAAAUGUUGUCACGCCUAUGCCAGAUCCUAUUUGACAUGUGAUUGAUGACUUUUUUUUUUUGAAAAGUUCGAGCAACUUAGAUUCUAUGUUAAAUAUGUUACGAUUGUAGUUGUGACUUGUACUAUAACAAUAUCUUAUGCCUAGUAAAAGUUUUUUCAAUCUUGAAAUUAUAAUAAGAGGCAGAUUCAGGAUUUGAACUUUAUGUGUUUGAAAUGUAAGUGAAUUCACUUAUUGUUGA